AUGGCCAAAGCCAAGAUCGAAUCCUCCCCCGAUCCUAAACUAGAUGACGACCAAGCCCUGAUGCCCGAACUCGAGCCCGUCGACACCCCACCCCCGCUCGACUUUGCCCGUUUCCCCUCCACCUCAACCCGUGACGACGAUGUCGAGCUCGUUGCUCAACGAUCGAGUCCCGUCCCUCGAGCUGGCGGCGGUCAUGGUCACGGCAGGACGCCAUCGUACAUGCACUCGCAAUACGAGACCAUAGUACGACGACAACGGGCCAGAACGGGAAAGGGGGAACUCAAGUUGCCGCCUCGAUACUUGCGCCAACCUGGAGUAGGCGAUCAAGCCACGCACCACCCAGGCGAUCCCGACCUCGCACAUCCCCCAGGUGAAGCAACCGAACAUGCUCCCAAGGUGAUUCGCGAAUUCGAUUUCGUCGGAUGGGGCCAAGUCGAAUUCCUCGAAAUAACGAACGACGAGACCGAACGAGCUCGCAAGCAGAGGACGGCUCAGAUGGAUCGGGAUGGCGAGAACAGUUUGGGCAAGUGGUCCGCGAGUGGGGUUGCUGGCGUCGCCGUGGCGGGCAGCCCGUUGUAUGCUUUUCCGACGCUGGUAGGGGUCGCGAGUAUAUAGUAAGUACCGCAUCGAACAUGUCACCUCCCGCACCUUUGCUGAGAUCGGUUGAUUCUCCCCUCAGCUCCCCUAUCUCUCUUCUGAUCGCGACGUUGCUCUUGUCCGUCUGGCGCCCCAUCAUGAUCGAACUCGCUUCCGCGUUCCCCAUCGACGGGUCCAACUACAUCUACAUGCUCAACUCGUCCACAACGAAAACCUUCGCCAUCGUAGCCUGCGCCUUGACCCUCCUCGACGACGUAUGCACCGCCGUCGUUGGAGCCGCGACGGGAGCGGCGUAUAUUCCAGUCGAAUGGAACGUGCCUUGGAUGACGGUGAUCCUCAUCAUUGCGGUCACUUUGAUCGCUUUGAGUGGAGUCAAGGGAUCAGCAGAGGUCACGACCGCGAUUCUGAUAUUCCAUGUGCGUCAGUGCUCCUUUAGCAAGUUGAGAAGCCCAGCCCUCACUGAUGAAUCGCGCAUCACAGCUCUUGACGCUGGCCAUGUUGGCCUUGUUCGGGAUCGUCCAUUGGGCCAAGGAGGGUAACGGGGUCUUGCGAUCGAACUGGAUUGAUCAUCAAGCCGUUGGUGCAGGUCAGGUCGUGAAGCAAAUAUUCCUUGGUGUCUGUGUCGCGUUCCUCGGUGUGACUGGGUAAGCGACCGUCGGGCAAUCGUUUCUUCGGCGUCGAAACUGACGAUUCUUGGGAUCUCAAUUGGCGCACAGCUUCGAGACCGCGCCGGACUACAUAUCUUCGGUCCGCAAAGGGUGCUACCCGACAGUGUUGACCUCGCUCCAAGUCAUCGCGGUGUGGAUCAAUGCGCCCUUGAUGCUCGUCACCUUGGCCGUCCUCCCCCUCGACGACAUCCUCGGCGUCGACAGCGUGCUCAAGUCCGUCGCCUCGCGUGCAUGCGGUCGUUGGCUCAGCCUCUGGAUUUCCGUCGACGCGGUGCUCAUCUUGGGCGCAACGGUCUUGAGUGGCAUCGUAUCGGCCGAUGCCUUGCUCUGCCGCAUCGCAGAAGACGGUCUUUUCCCCCGCUUCCUCCUCCACCGCCUUCCUCGAACUGGAGCACCCUGGGUCGCCUUGACCUUCUUCUGCAUCGGUUGUCUCGUCGUUUACGCCUCAACAGGUGCCAGUCUCCCCAUCCUAUCCGGAAUAUUCGCCAUCGUGUUCCUAUCCAUAAUGGCUCUCUACCCGAUUGCGUCCCUCCUCGCCUCCUAUCAUCGGCCUUACCUCCCUCGAACACCCCGGGCGUCCCUAUGGCUCAACCUUCUGGCCCUUUCUCUAACCCUCACUUUCGUAGGAGGUAAUCUUUAUAUCGCCCCUGGGACAAACUCCAUCUUCUUCGCUUAUGCGACGGUGUUGAUUUUGGGCUUGGUCGUGUUGAGUAAGAGGAGUCGGGGGAUGAAGGUCGUUUGGUGGGUUGUGGAUCAGACGGGGUGGAUGAAGAGGUGGGGGUGGGAUAGGAGUGUUGUGGGGUGGAUGAAGAGGUUGAGAACCGGACCGGUAUUGUUAUUCGUUUCGACUGAUGAAGUGAGCGCUUUCAUCCUCAAUCGAGACUCCCUCCAGAGAACAUCACUAAUCUCGGUCCCUGUCGUUUUUUUGUUUUUGUUUCCACAGGUCAAUAAACUCUUCGACAUGGUUUCCUACAUUCGCUCGAACGAAGAAACUUCCCACGUCAAACUCGUCUACUGUUACCUAUCAAUCCAUUCGAUCCCCUCCGAACUCGAAGCGAAUUAUAAAAUCCUCGACGAAUCCUUCCCCUCGAUCACGAUCGACCUCCUACUCGUGCAGGGUAAUUUCAGUCCCGAAUUGGUCGAUGCGUUGGUCGUAAGGACCGGCGUCGAGUCACUUUCGAGGUGUUUCGUAGGCUGUUUUACAGAGCGGAGUAAGGCGGGGUGGGAGGCCUUUGGGGGGGUUAGGAUCGUCGCUGCUUGA